CCCCAGGUCAGGAGCUGGGCUCCGGGGCUUUUGGCACGGUGGUCCAGGCUACAGCCUUCAACAAGAUCCGCUUCAGCAACCUUUUCCACCACAAAGUGCAGCCCAACAGAACCUCUGGCGAGGAGGACUCAGCCGUGGGAAACUACAUGCCCAUGUAUGGCACUGCCACUAGAGGGCAGGAGGACAUCGCUCUCCUGGGCGACAUGGACAGCUACGAAGACGCGAUGAUCGACGAAGACUGCGACGAGCAGACGGAGGACCUGCAAAUCCUGACCUUUGAUGACCUGCUGAGCUUUGCCUUCCAAGUGGCCAAAGGCAUGGAGUUCCUCUCCUCCAAGAAUUGUAUCCAUCGGGACCUGGCAGCUCGGAACGUGUUGGUGACAAGUGGCAAGCGGGUGAAAAUUGGUGACUUCGGUCUGGCCAGAGACAUCGAAAACGACUCCAACUACGUCGUGAGAGGAAAUGUGUGGUACUUUUUUUUUUUUGGAGAGGUUUCAAUGGUUGCCAGAAAAUAAAUGAACAUCAAAUGAUGUGACGAGGACAACAUGAAUCACCGUAGAGGGUGAUGUGUGUCCAGGAGGCCAUUCCUCCCUGUUGUCCGAAGGUCAAUAAACACUGUUGUGCAACCGCCGAAGAGA